AUGGAGAGAGAGAGAGAGAGAGAGAGAGAGAGAGAGAGAGAGAGAGAGAGAGAGAGGAGCAUGCGAUUUCAUGCAAGAUUGCCUGAUAGUUUUUGGGCAGAGGCUGUUAAUCAUGCAAGUUAUUUGAUUAACAGAUCACCAUCUACAGUUCUCUGUUUUAAGAGUGUAGAAGAGGUAUGGUCUAAGAAGCCGAUGGACUAUUCCAAGCUCAGGGUAUUUGGCUGUAGCGCUUACGCACAUAUUCCAAGUGAUGAAAGGUUCAAGCUCAAACCAAAGUUUACACAUUGCAUAUUCUUAGGUUUUAAGAAAGGAGUGAAAGGUUUCAAGCUUUGGGAUAUCAACAAUAGGAAAAAGGUUGUCAACCAAGAUGUUAUCUUUGAUGAGACAACCAUGCCUCUGAAUAAAGUCGAGAGCAGUAGGAAGAAGAAAGACGAUGUUGAAAUUGAAGUAACAAAGAUUCCGUUAAUCGGUUCAGACAAAGAAGAAGCUCAGGUGGAGCAAAUUGAGCAAGAUGCCGAAUCUGAUGGUUUUGAGGAAGAAGAAGAGCAUCAGCAUCGUUCACCAAUUAGGAAUCAGGUGGAGCAAGAAACAGGGGUGGAUUAUGAUGAGAUCUUUUCACCCAUAGUCAAGCAUACUUCUAUCAAAUUUCUUUUAACAAUAGCAACGCAGUAUGACAUGGAGAUUGAACAGAUGGAUGUGAAGACAGCUUUUCUUCACGGGGAUCUAGAGGAGACAAUUUUCAUGGCUCAACCAGAAGGGUUUGUUGAAUAUAGGAAAGAGAACCUAGUAUGUCAGCUAAGGAAGUCCAAUUAUGGCCUGAAACAGGCUCCAACACAAUGGUACAAGAGGUUCAAUUACUUCAUGCUGAAAAUCAAUUUUAGAAGAUGUUUAUAUGACUGUUGCGUGUACUAUCAUGUAUUCCAAGAUGGGAUGAUCAUAUUGCUAUUACUAUAUGUGGAUGACAUGCUAAUCGUUUGUCAAGGCAAGUCUAGAAUUCAAGACUUGAAGAAGAUGUUGAGCGAGGAGUUCGACGUGAAGGAUCUAGGUGCAGCACAGAAGAUCCUUGGCAUGGAAAUUCAGAGAGAUAGGACCGCUGGAAUGAUCUGGAUAUCACAAGCCAAGUAUAUUCAAAAGGUUCUUAAGAAGUUCAACAUGCAAGAAGCAAAGGUAGUUUCGACUCCUUUGGCAGCUCACUUCAAGUUAAAUGGGCAACAGUGUCCUAUGUCCGAGGAAGAGCAGCAAGUACUGGAGAAGGUGCCUUAUGCUAAUGUUGUGGGCUGCCUUAUGUAUGCAAUCAUAUGCACACGUCCCGACAUAGCUCAAGCAAUCAGUGUCAUUUCCAGAUACAUGGCAAAUCCAGGAAAGCAAUAA